UACAAAUCUAAGUAAAAUGGCGGCAAAUAUAACUAUCGUCUGAUUUGCACAGAUAAAAACAAACAAAAACCUCAACCAGUUAUUAUACUGAAGUUAAUUUUUAUAGCUUUGAUUUCAAAUAACUGCCAUGGAAACCACACCAAGCAACAGUUCUUGCCAUAUUGAUCAAUUACAAGGCAUUAUUAAUGAACUAUGUCGAGAUGGAUCUCAUCAAACUGGUGACUGGCAAGGACUUUUAGAAAAAGCAUCCAGUCUUAUUAUCGACUUGCAGAAUGUCGGACUGGGAAUGCUAAAUAAAACCAACUGCAUUAAGUUAGAAAACAUGGCAGUAACACUGUGGAAUUAUGCUGUUGCUAUGAAAACCAAGGGAGCUUUGUCUAAAUUAUCCAAUGCAAAGUUGCGAAAUGUGGCAUUUCUUAUGGUUACAUAUGCCAAUGAUGGAUCUGUAGAUGAAAUCAACUUAAAGAAACAGAUCAUAAUGGGAAUGAAAACAGGAAGGGCAUGGAUAGACUGCUGCCAACCGGAAGCUGCUGACAGAGUACUGACUAUUACAAAUAAGUGUGCUCAGCAUCUUCAUGGUAUUGUGGUGGACAGAAAGAACCAGUCUGGUGGAACUGAUGGUAUCGAUGGUGAAAAACUGUCGAUAGAGAAAGACAUGUUCAAGCUGCUCUGUUAUAAAGCAGAAGUUGCAGUCGCUCAGUCAAAGAACAUGGAAGCUUUGACAGCAGUGCAGAUAGCAGAGGAGAUGAUGGAAAGAUUUCCCAAAGAGGGAGCAUUUCUGAGCAUGCUGUGCUACAACUUUGGAGUGGAUACCUUCAACAGGAGACAGUAUGAAGAGAGUAUCUCAUGGCUGAGGAAAAGUUUUGAUCUGGGCAAAGGGCGACAAGACGUUGGAGCUAAAAACCAUGCUCGCACUUUGAGACUUCUGGCCAAUGCCUACUUAGAGUGGAAUCCGACACAGAACCUGGAUAAAGCUUUGAAUGCUGUGACACUGGCAAACACUGAGCACCUUCAUCCAGCAGGUCUGUUUCUGAAGCUGAAAAUUCUCUUGGCCACUGGGGAAAGAGGUUCUGCCAUUCACUCAGGUCUGGAUGAGGUGAUAAGACAUGCUGACACAAGCAUAGAUCUGGGUCUCAGUGUGCUGCAGCUUCUUAAAGAACACAAUGGGUACGAGAGUGCUGGAGACUUUCCGUCAAAGCUUGUUCAGAGGUUUGAGAAAUCUCCCGACCUCGGCAGAAUCUUAGUAUUCCAGCUGGAGACAUUGCUACAGUGUCACAACUUAAACGGGGCAAAGCAGUUUGCAGAGGAGUGUAUUACAGCACACAACACAGGCAAGCCCUUGGAUGCUACUACAAAAAAGCUGUUCCAUGUGGCAUUUUGGGAGCAAGCAGCUCUUUGCUUUGAGCAUAAGGAAUAUUCUGAAGCUCUAGAAUGGUACAAUUACUCACUGAGUCUAUUUUCCCCAAGCGAGUCUCUCAGCAUGAACAUGGCAAAACUACAGAGAAACAGAGCGUCAUGCUAUCUUCAGCAACAAUUGAUCCCACAGGCAAAAGAGGCCAUUGAAGAAGCUCUGAAAUGUGAUACAUCUGCUGCUCAUACUCAUUACAUCAUAUACAAGUUGGCCUUAAUGGAAUCUGAUGGACAGAAAGCAAUUUCAAGUCUUGAAAAAAUGUUGUCUGGUAUUAAGAAUGUGGAAUGUUUUGACAAGUCCAGUAAUUAUGGAUUAAUCUGUCUUGCCGCACAACUUGCUCUAGAGCAAAACAGCAACAGUACGGCAUGUAUUGCCUUGGAAUAUUUGGUGAACCACAGUACAAACAGCCAACAAGUGUUGACAGCUCUCAGAUGUCUUGUACGGUUGAGGAUCGGUGCAGUCGAUUCGGGGGAUGCUCAAGAGAACUCAAUGGCCAUGAUUAUUCCACAUGUAAGGACAGCAUACAAUAAACUGCUUGUGAUUUGUGACACAGAAGAGUCUUCUCAAAUUCGUGUACAGGAAGAAGCCACAUGGUUUAUGAAAAUUGCUUGGAACCUGGCUGUUAAAUGUGAGGAUGAUCCAUUCUGUAUGAAGGAGUUCUUCACACUCUGUUUCCAACUCCUGUCUCUGAGUCCGUCGGAUACCAGCAGUGCAAGUCGACAGCAGACCUGUACACUAAUGUCAGCUGCAGGGUGUCUCCAGAUAGCUAGACAGACCAAUGAAGAAGUCCACAAGAAAGAAGCUUUUGAAGAAGUUCUCCAUCACAUUCAAAAUUACAGGUCUCUUGUUCAUAGUGGAGAGAGCAGAAUUUGGACAGUAAAUCAAAAACCAGACACAUCGGAUAUAUUGUUACUACUGUAUGAGUUUGAGGCUUGCGUUAAACUGAAUGACUCCUGUGCCGAGAAUAUUCUUGAAAAAGCCUUGACAAUGCCUCAACCAGAACCAAAAAUGUUUGAAUCUCUAGCAGCUUUGGCUAUUGAACCUCCAGCAGACAACAAAAGUCUAUGUGUGCGUGCCCUGAAAGUUGCUAUAAGGACUCACCUUCAGAAAGAAACCCCAGAUUUUCAGAGAUGCAGCAAAGAUAUACACAGUCUUAUCCAGUUGUCCCUGUCAGGAGUUGGGAACAGAGAAUUUCUUAACAAGGAGGAGACAUUAAGUUAUUUCAAGGAAACUGUUGAAAUCAUUGCCAAUAAAGCAAUGGGUCAGUUCCCAGAAAUUGAAAUUUUGUGGUUAAUGACAAAAGCUUGGAAUUGUGGUAUACAGUUUUACAGUUCUGCGAACUAUGAUGAAGCUGAAAAAUGGUGUGGAUUGAGCAUGAGUAUGCUGAAAUAUCUGCCAACAAUGAGGAGUAAUUAUGAAGAACAGAUGAAUUCAGUAUACAGUCAGGUGUUAUCUGGAAUUGAUAAAUCCAAAGGUCAAAGGUCCUUGGAAGAAUAGAAGAAAAAAGAACAAUUAUACACCACCUGAACAUACUGAGAUUGGGUACUAAUCUUCCACACCUAUCUUGAUGGAUCAUGUUUUAGUUUUAGACAGUUGUUAUCACAUUCUUUGAAUCAAAAAUAAACUUAAUUUAUUAUU